CAGAGAAGAAAAGCCCGUGCUUUAUCUAAAGAAAAUCUAAAAUGUAUCUUUAUCUUUUUUUUUAUCAUGUUUAAAUAUUCAGAGAUGCCUCCAGAAACAUUUUGAGGGGGUUGCCAGGAGUAUUGAGGUGGGACUGUAAAACCAAAGGUCAGACAGGAAUUGCAGGUGUUUUACAGUGUUGUUGUAUGUAUAACUGGAUCAACACACAAAGGACAUGUGCAUCAAUAAACAAACAAGAAAAUCCUCACCUUUAAAUGUUGCAUACCAAACUAACCACAUGUAGUAUCUGCUGUCAUUGUUCUCUUUUACUCUCAAAACAAAGUUCCUCCUUAAAAAGACUCAGAUUUGGGAAGUUGCGUAGAAACAACAGAACGGCAUAACAAGUGACUGCUUGUCACAACACAUCAAAAGCGCAAGAAGCACUCAUAAUGAUGCCAACUUAGUGUCAGGUUAGUCAUGCCAAAUAUAUAACUUUUUGCUAAAAGGCUUUAAGGAGUUAAAACCCAUUCAACUACAUAUAUAUAUAUAGCCUAUAUAUAUAUAGCCUGCCUAUUCCACAGCAUGAUGCUGCCACAGAUAUGUUUUAUGUUAGUUUUCCCUCAGCCAUGGAGUUUGCCAUAUAAGUCAAAAAGUUUAAUUUUUGUUUUCUGUGACCAGAGCACCUUGUUCCACAUGUUCAAGGAACAAGAUGCCUUGAGCACCUUGUUCCUUCUUGCAGACGUAACUACUUCUGACUUUUUCUCACCAAUUUCACAAUCUUGGCUCUCUUCCAUUGAAGAUAAAUUUGAGGAGUGUGCAGGUUGUUCUGUAAACAGGUUCACCCACCUGAGCUAAGUCCCCCAGAGUUACUGUGGCUGCUUUCCUACUUAAUGCUCUCUUUGCCAUCCCUGUGUAGGUAUUUAUAUGCUUACAGGUGUUCCGUACCCUGGUGUGUUCCUUGGACUUUAUGAUGCUGGAUUAUUUCUCUUAUACCUCUUUGACCUUACACAGAACACCUACACAUAAAUAGAGAGAGCAAAUCACACACAUUUGGAAGCAACAGGUUGCACUAAAUAUCAAAAGUAUCAAAGUAAAAAAAGGCUAAAAUGCUCUUUAAUAUGUUUCUAUUUGUAUUUUAAUAAAAUCUUAAGUCAUUUUCUUUGCACUUCAAAUCUAGUUUACUGCUUUGUGUUGGUCUUAAUUAAACCCAAAUAAAAUGUGCCAUGUUUUUAAAUCUUACCUAACAAAAUGUUAAUCUUAGAGGAUUGUUAAUACUAUUGAAAGAUAUGAUACUUGUAAUAUUCUUCUCCCACUGCACACAGCCAUUGCAGCCAAUAAAAGUGAAUUUGUGUUUUAUUGAACUGAACACAAAUAAAACUCGUAAUCUGACCUGAAUGAAAAACAGCUACUAUUAUAUUAUAUUUGUUGUACAAAAGGUUUUUAUGUAUCUAGAAAUACUUCUGUAUCUGGAGAUACAUUUUUGAUGAACAGCAUUUAAUGCAGCCUAUUCAUUAGGAAAACAUAAAUUUGAUCAAGUUCUAAAAUGUGUGCAUUAGAUAUAGAAUAAUUCAGUCCCAGUUUUAUUCAAAUUGCACUGAAUAAACCGGGAAACAUUUUGGCUUAGAAUAAAACGUUUGAGGGACCGAAAACAGAAAGUAAUGGUUUUCACAAAAACCUGCCAUUUUAUGCAUAGUCCGAAAGGUGGCAGUAAUAAAUUCAGUAAGUCCGUAAAUAACUAGUCGAAGAAGAAAUUCCAACCAAAACAGUCUGUGUCGCUUUUCAUUUGAAAACGCUUUGCUCUUUGAACGUCCCUAUUUCCUACGUUUCUUUCUAACACCGUUAACCCAAUUCUGUUAAAUCAGAACUUCAUGUAUGCUAAGGAGUUAGCUAAUUGUUAGCUAACUUAUCAAUUCUUUUCUCCGGGUUGAACUGAUGUCUAUCCGGCGGGUUCUGGUGGGUUGUACGGUGUUGUCUCUGCAAGAUGCCUGUGUGUUUUAUCCCUGCUGCAAAGGCUGCUUCUCCCGGAUCGAUGCUGAACAGAGAGACACCUUAAGGUACAGGUGCUCCAGGUGUGAUUACAGGUGUCUGAAGGAUCAGGUGGAGUACAGGUACCGUCUCUCACUGAGAGUGGUCCGGAAUACAUCCACAUUUAGUGUAACAGUGUUUGGAAAUAGCUUGAACUCCUUUUUUGGCAUCCAUGCAAGUGGAUUACAGAGGUUAGCUGAAAAUUCGGAGGGACCUAUCGGACCAUCAGCAAGACCCACAUUGUUGGCGAAAGCAGUUGAAGACUGUUUCCUCGGUAGAUACUUCAUCUUUGGUAUAAAGGUGAGUGGAACAGAACGGGAACCCUGGCUUGAAGAACCUGAUGGAAGUGAGUCUGGCAGAGGAGGGAGAGCCCAGUUUGUUGCCAGUCAGAUGAUUCUUCCCCCAGCCUCAGGCCUGACGGGCUGCACCGUCCUCAGUUAUUAUCAGCGGCUCCUACAGAGAGCUUCUGAGUAUGUAGCGGAGUCUGCUGAUCCCGGUAGACCGUCUGCAGCCCCCCUGCUGCUGAUUUCUGGUCCUUCUCCGAGCAGCACCCUCAGUGACGUCUCUCUGUAUCCUUCGGGUCAUCUGUCCCAAGCGCUACUUCGUUUCCAACACCAGAACCAGUCAUUUACUUCCACCCCUCCGUGGCAGCAGUCGCUUGGACUUGUGACGUCCUCUGCAGAGCAGGAGGAAAGAUCCAGUCAGGAUGGCGCAGAUCACAGCAGCAGACUGACAGGAUGCAGCGCAAUGCCACUUCCUGUGCAGAGAGUUCACACGCAGAACCAUCCAGGCACAGAGGAGAGACCAGCUCCUCUAAAGCUAGAGUCCAGCUUUCACAGCCAUCCAUCUUUUACCGGGGAUUCAAACUCCUCUUGUACAGGAAUUGUUGGAAACACCUUCAGUGUGAAAACCUGCUGUAGUCCGUCACAGCCGAGGUACAAAAGCUGCAGUUUCACUCCGAAGGAGCUUCCCAUCACACAUCAAUCCCAAACGUUUUUAUCAAGCUCAUUUGCUUGGGAUGAUUUGCCUUUCUCUGAAAGUCUGUCCGAAUUUUUGUGCAAACAAGACAAAGAUUUAAAUGUUCUCGGUAAAACGACAAAUUUAAAUUUGCAGCAUGAAAAACAAACGGGAACCUUUGCAGAAAUCGCAAACCGGUCAGCUGAGCCAGCUUCUGCUUGUCUGAAUGCUGCAGAGAUAAUCUCCACAGACCACCUCCAAGAUAUCACUAAUAUGCCAACAGUAGAGGGAGAGGGAAAACAUAUUUUAUCUGAUCGAAACUGGAAGAACUGUGGUGAACGCAUGAGCAGACCUGAAGACAACAUGAUUCCAAGGAAUGGUGAAGGUUUUUUAUCUUUUGAAAAACAAGAAGAGCAAAAUGAAGUGGACGGUUACAACUGUUCAGCUGACUUAUUCAGUGACUCAUUUGUACAUCCAGCAACAUACACAACUCAGACACACACCGAGAGAUCACCUUCAGAUGCCUGUUUCCGGUUCGCUGAGAUGAAUGUUCAGCACGUAAAGAAUGAAGCCUCGAGUGUGUCACAUUCAACGCCUGACAAACAGGAACUAAAAAGCAAUCUGUGCGCUAAAAGGGAUUUUACAGAUCUACAAGAUUUUGACUUUGUUCCUCCUUCUCAGUCCACUCCCAUUGUAAAAGUAGGUGGAAUGACACGCUCACCUGCAGUCACUUCCUGCAGAAGUUUGAAAGAUGAGACAUCAAAAGAAAAUUUAAGGUGGAGUAUAAGAUCCAGGAGGCGGAAGAACAAAAUCACUCCAGGAAGGAGAUUCAGAAAGGAUGAGAAAUGUAAAGAAAGACAUCCAGUGGGGCAGCAGGUAGCGCGGCAAAGAGGAGCAACUAGCUUUGAAUCAUCCAGUCCAACCAGUCAGAAACAUGACUCUGAAGCGAGCAAUGUGGCUUUUUGUGAUUAUGACAAUGCAGAUGGAGUUGUUCCUCCUAUUCCUGCUCAUAAAAUGCUCUUGAGUGUCUUAUUCAGAGAAAAAUGGCAGACGGAAAAUGGCCACAGGGAUUCAGGUUGUAACAGGAGACGAUCUCCGGGAGACGGAGGAAAUGAUAGCAGAGAUCUCUGGGAUCAGACUCAGACAGUAUUUCAUGCUAAUGAGACAGAAGGUGAGAGAGAUCUUGAUGGAUCUAAGGAUCACCUCACUGAGCCUGGAAGCCUUGCGUGUGACUGGUCAAGGGAUUUAUUUUCAGACUCUUAUCUGAUUUCAUAACUCUGCAAAGACAAAAAGAAGAACUUAUGUGUUAAAAAUUUAAGAUGGAUCAGCUGCUGUCACCUUUUUUUUCUCUUUUAAUGAGCUAAUUAAAUAUUUAUUUCACUUCGACAUGCUUUUUAUUGCAUGCUCUAAAGAUCAGCUCACAUUUUAUAAAAAUGCUUUUAAAAGUCCAUUAAUAACCUACAUGUAAGCAUUUUUUGUUUCUUACAAGUUAUAUUUAAAAAUCAAAUGUGUUUUCUUUGUUGAAAUAUGUCGAACAGAUUAGGUUUUUCAGUUCUUUUUGUUUGCCCCAUCGUAAUUAUUUUUUAAAUAUUAAUUAAUACUAUUACAUCGUAGUUAUUUAAUAAAUGUUAACUAAUAAUAAGUAUCCAAAAUAUGCAUAUUGGUAGAUCCAUUUGUGAUGAUGUAUUUGCUGCUGAGAGGGAGGAGAUAGCAAUUUAGUAGAGGGGUCAAAUACAUAACAUACUGUAGGUCCUCUUUUAGAAAACCAACAAUUUGGACAUCUGUUCAUCACCGGAUCAAUUAACACUGUAGUGUUAAAUGAGUCCUGCCCUUCUUGGCAGCACAGAGACCCUGUGAGCAGACCUGCUGUUCCGGGUUCCUGUGUGUAUGUGUGCAGGGUCAGUUAUGUAGGGACGAGUGUGGACAAUGCCGUGCCAUAGAGCUAAGAUUAGCUGUCACGAUGGCUAUGUUCUGGAUGUCUGAGUAAAACAAAAUGGGAGCAAGACGAAGAUGAUGUUACAUGUGUAAAAGUGGAAACUGGACAGCCAGUCCACAGCUGGAGUCCCGCGCUGGACUGUGUGUGCUGGGACUGGUAUGUGCUCAUUGCUCAGCUGAGUGUGUUUGUUUGCUUUUAUUUGUUAUGGGUCAGGGCCAUUAAGUAUAGUAUUAUAGUGACACAAUUGUUGGUUCAGACAGAAAUGGUUCUUACUCUACAAAGUAGAGUUGCUUUGUAUAUGUUCAAAAAGCACAUUUUCUCCAAAGGAUAAAGACUGCAGUCGUAGUUGGUCUUAUUUUUUUGUUGGCAACAGAAAUGUUGUCAUAAAAAUUUCACUCAAACAUUUGUGAUCAGUUCUGUAUACAAAUGGAAAUCUUUGGUGCAGUUAUUUGGUUCACAUAUGCAAAAUGUGAGUGUAAUCACAGGACUAAUAACAUUUGCUCUAUUUUUCAGAAUGUGAAUAAUUAGGACAACGUUGGUAAAUUUGGCAAUAAAAUUCAGUCACAGUAAAAAUAUCAGGUUCACAAACUCUAAAAUUGUGUUUGGUCAUAAUUGGAAGAACUCGAAUGCUGCAGUGACUUGCAAAAAUAUUUGUACUGUUUGAAAUUUUUCCAGUUUGUCCCAGUACAAUCAGAAACUUUUAUAUACUUUAUUGUGAUUUUAUGUGAUUGAUGGCACAUAAUAGUAAGUAGUUAUGAAAUGCAAGUUUUUUUUGUUUUUUUUAAAAUAUUUUCCAAAUACAAAUCUGAGGUUUCUUUUGGAUUCAGUUCCUUUAACCCAGCAGGCAGUGCUGCAUACUGUGUGCAUGUUCACCUCAGUAUAAAUCCAGCUGAAGGCCUCAGAAGUUUGUUAGAAAAUAUUUCAAUAUUUCUGACAACAGAGAGUUAACGGGUGUAGUGGACUUGUAGUACUAGUUUUAUCUUUAUGCUUACGCUUCCUUAUUAAUUUUGUUCCCCAAGUUGUGUUGAUACUAAACUCUUGCACUGUACUGAUCCAGAAUAUGUUGUUUCCAGAAGCUGCAGCUCUUCUGUACCCCACUGGUACAGUACGUGAGCUAUGUCACUGCACACUCAGUGAAUGGAAACACUUGGAAGCCAGUAUGUGUUGAGCUUACAGUCUGGGAGAGAGGGCACAUUGCUCUGACCCUUAAAUCAAUGCACCGGCCUCCUGCUAAAUACGUUGUACUCAAAGACCUUCUCGGAGAAUGUGAAUGUCUCAGUCUUGGCUUGUAACUUACAGCCUGUAGGAUUUCUCAGAUGAGCUGCAGUCCCUGCUGCUGGACCUGGAGAUCAAACUACACCUCAGCAAAUUGCUCUGAGGCAAAUUGCCAACUACUUGAAUGCAUUUCUUUGGAGGAGCAGAUCCGUUAAUUGGAGGAGCAGAUUAAAGGAUCUGCUCCUCCAAAGAAAUGCAUUCAAGUAGAUGAUCUGCAGGGACUGCAGAUCAUCUGAGGAGCAGAUCCUUUAAUUGUGAUCAACAUGCUGUUUUAGUUAUUUGAUACUUUAAAACUUAAAUCUAUUUUCAGUAGUGUAAUAUUAUGUAUAUUUGCUUGGUAAUAUUAUUAUUUGUGUUUUUAUCUCAGAUUACAAUCGGUUUUCUACUUAUUUUCUCUCGUUUUUAUCUUCUAAAGCUAAGUUUCUCUGACGUUGAUUCCUUGAUCAUAUGAAAAUAUUAAAUAUUUCAUGAUAUGAAAAUAUAAAACAUUUUCAUACAAAAAGGGAAGAUUGUUGCUGAAAUUGUUUUAUCAUUUUAUGUUAUAGAGGAGAAAUGUGUAUGGUAUAAGCUUUAAUUAUUUUUUCCUUUUCUUUAUUACAGAAUGAGAGAGCGUUCUGAACUAGAUUAAAUAUUUCUCAUUCUGAAAUACUUGGAUGAACAUCGUAUGUGUCCUGAAAAGUAAAUUUGCAUUUUGAUUUUAAAUAACUGCAUUUCCUUUUUUUUUUUUUUACAUUUCUGUUGCAUGCUUUGCAAUAUGAACAAUUAAAAUAAUAAUUAACAAAACAUCCACUGUGGGACUCUAAAUAAUCCAGCUGAAAACAGAGAUAGUGUAAAAUGAAAAAAACAACAACACUCAUUUACGGAUCAUUUAAA